AUAACUUGCUCACCACAAAGCACAUUUUUAUGUGGUUACGGUGUUUGGAUGUCGUGAAGCAGAAGAAUGAGGUUAUAGGUAUCAAGAGACCUGACCUUUGAGCUGUUCAAAUGAUAGAGUGACCAUUGGAAUGGAACACAGCGGAAUGGAUGCUGAUGACCCUGGAGCCAAUGGGUGUCUGUCCCCUGACCAGGAGAACUGUGAGAACAGUCAUGAUGACCAAAUGUAUCUGGCUAUCAACAGGUUCAUAGGAACGCAGGAACAGAGUUAUGAAGAGUUUCUCAGUGGAUUCACCUGUCUUACUAUAGAUGAUGUAACAAAGUACAGGAGAAAUACCGAGGAACUCACUAACGCUACAGACACGCCCAUAAGUGAAGGAAAUGGCUAUCACAAUGAACAGAUAGUAGGACAAACGGUGCCUGUGCUUGGAGAGGAUAUAGAGGAAGAGGUGUUGGUUGAAGGCUCAGUUCAUGGGACAAUGUCUACCGAUACCAAAAGGAACCAGAUGGUGAAGUUUGACAACUUUGUGGAGGCUGAUGAUGAAGAGCUAGACACAGGGUCAAAAGAAGACAGAGUCAUGGAGGAGUUGCUGGCGACCUCUGGUUACUCAGCCAGCUUUUUGGAAUGCGGAUCAGGGGAGACAACUAAUACAAAAGCCGCUGAUGGCCUCACAGACGAGCUGUCACCAUCAUCGAGUGAUAAUACUAACACUACAACCAACUUUGGGGAAGUUGAGACUGAGGAAGACAUUUCACAUCUACAUGAAAUAUCAGACAGUCAUACAGUCCUAGAUAUUAUAUCAUCAAAUCCAUGCAAUAUGAGUGAGAAGGCAUGUCCUGAUGAGGUCUCAUCAGAGGACGUGGAGGAGUUCCAUUUGGACCCAGAUUUUGACUAUGAUAAUGUGAAGUUAACUCCAAAAUACUCGGAGGAUGAUCUAAGAAUGAUAAUGUCUGGUUUGAAAAAGAGUCCUGUCGGCACAGCUCACUGAUAGAACAAUGUCUAUACCUGUCUUUCUUUAUCUUCAUAAUGUAACCAUUUCCCAUUGACUGAAACACUGAUCAUGUGGUGUUGAAAACUGAGGGAACCAGGUUGGCUUUUUCAUUGGUAGAACCAUAGCGAGUGUUGUGCUGCUAUCUGAUGGAACCAUUGGUCAAAUUGUUGAUUGAGCCAUGGUUCAGUCAUUGCAUAUGUCACUGAUGGCACCAUCAUUUAUAGCACACUGAUCUGCUCUCUGAUGGAACUAUUGGCCAGAGUGUUGGCACUGCUAACUGAUGGAACCAUUGGUCAGAGUGUUGGCACUGCUAACUGAUGGAACCAUUGGUCAGAGUGUUGGCACUGCUCACUCACCAGUGGCACUGAUCAGUGAUAUUGCCAGUGGUGUUGGUAAUGGCGCUGAUGACUGAUCACUGGUGCUAUCAGUGUUGGCUGUGCUCUCUAAUCCUGUUUAGACCUUAGUCACGAAUAAAUCAGUUAGUGCUUUUCAGCCUUGCUCACUUAUCAAACCAUUAUUGAUGGAACAAUUUAAAUGCCAGUCUUUGCACUGCUCCCCAGUAGAACCAUUGAAUUGAUGGAAGAUUAGUCGUACUAUUGUAAUUGUUCAACUUUUCGUAUGUUUGCAAGGUAUUCAUUUAAGCAUUUUCUGUAAGCAUUAUUCUGUCUAUAAUUUUUGUGAAGUCCUGAAAUUGGCUGAUCGAUCCAAUGUACACAAAAUCAGAUUUUAGAUGUACAUAAAUUGCAUUGAAAGUUGUUCUUUUACAUGGUAAUAGGUUGAGGAAUUAUGCUCGCAUGAUGACAGUCAUUCAAUUUCUGGGAAAAAAAUGAUUUGAUAAUACAGGCUAUUGGUACAAUGCUGUUAUUACCAUUGACCAGUGUGUUUAUACUCCAUGGUUUUGUGUUAUUCGUGGCUUACCUUGGCCACUCACAAACUUUCUUCGUACAGCCUUUUACAACAACUGAAUAAAUAAAUAAUUGGUUUUCUGAUACCACUAUAUGUUUUAUUGUUGGACAACAGGUCUAUAUUUAGACAGCAGAUUGUACUCUUAGCUCACCUGUUUGAAAGUAGUAUCAUUCCAUUUGUGGUAUUUCACCUAUUAAAAGCAAGCAUUGUUGCAUUUUACCGCUGACCAUUUUUUUUUUUAGUUUUAUGUUUGAUUUAUUUUAGUGCAUCAGUAGUUUCGCCUUGCCAUUUAUGUGUCAAAGGAAGACAGUUUCAGUUCACAAAAACCUCACUAUGAAUGACUUUUCUUGUAGCUGUUUGAUUGUCUCUGGUAGCUGUUUGAUUGUCUCUUGUGGCUGUAUGCUGAUGUUCAUUUCAAGAGAUGGUGAUAUAAGUUGCUUGUAGGCUGGUAAAAUUUAUGGAAGUGUUGCACUUGUAAAACUUAAUUCUAUCAUUAAGAAAUUAUGUAUGAUUGGCACAUUAGAUUUUGCUCUAUACACGAAGCAUUUAUACAUAUUCCGUCCAAAAUGUAUUUACUUUUUUGCCCAUACUUUGACAUGGCAUUUGCCAUUGUCAAGGUGACCCAGAAUAAA